GUACUUGAGGAUUGGGAUUUAACCUCUGAGGGAGGGAACGUGAUGGUCGCUGAUUGUUGAAGUGUUACUGGGAGUUAUCGCACGGUUUAAUUGCGGGAAAGAUGGCUGAAGCAUUGGAGGUGAAGGAUACUGAGGACGAUGCAUCUGACGUGAUCAGGAACAAGGCGGAGGUGAGGUCUGAAGCUCUGGUUGCUCUCAGCCAGGAGUUGGAGCAGUGCAGGAAACAGAGGGAUCAGUUCAAGAUGAUGGCUGAGAAGAUUCAGGAGAGAUUCUGGUGCUACAAAAGACAAGUUACUGACUCCAAGGAACUCAGAAAAUAUACUCUGGACGGUGACUACAAAAUGAUGGACCUAGUGGCAGAGCUACGAGAGCAGAACAAAUGUCUAAAACUCCAGGUGGAAACCCUCAGACAAAAACUCGGCGAUGCCCAGGGCGACAUCAAGGUUCUCCGACGAAGUAAUAAUUUCAAUCUCGAGGAGAAUAAUUGUCAACUUGCUCCAGCUGUUCACGAACGAGAAGAGAUGAUUGAACAAUUAGAAAAGCUGAAUGUCAAGUGCACUCAACUGCACACAGACUUGCAAUUAGUUUUGGACGAAAAACUGGAAUUGGAAACUGAGAGAGAUGCCUUCAAAUGCAAAUCCCAUCGCUUGAAUCAUGAGUUGGCCAGAGCACUUUGUGCUACCCAACCAGUGGACUUGGAUUCUCUCAUAAACGAAAAUCGAUAUCUGCAAAAUCGUCUGCAGCAGGUGCUGGAGGAGAAGGAACUGGCAAGACAAUCAUUAUCAAAGUACAAGGGAAUGCUUGACAGCAAAAAAGUCAAAGGAUCCAUCAAAUUAGGGGGCAAUGGUGCUGCCGGAAAGAUAAUGACCCUGAAACAAGUUGAGCAAUUGCUGCAGCAAGGAGCAAAUAUUCCCUCCCAUAAGUCAACAGCAGCCAUUUCCGAUCUGCGUUGUCUGUGUUCUGCAUUGCUCGAAGCUCUGAAUGACAAAACCCUGGCACUUGCACAUCAGAAAAAAGCUAACAAAAUUUUAGCAGCAAGAAUUUGUGAACUGGACACUGCAAUACCCUCUCCUACGGCAAAAUUACUCGAGGGAUAUGCUGGAGUGGACGUUGAUGCUCUCGAGGAUAAUCUUGAGGACCCUAGUCCUCAAAAUUACGAAGAAACGACUCUCGAUGAAAAUGUUGGGAAGAAUGGAGAGAAGCUGGGGAUAAGUGAAUUAUUGGGCACUGAAUCACUCCCUCCGAAGUCAGAAAAUGAGACUCCAUCGAGGAAAAUACAACUGGGUUUGCCUGAUAAUUUAGAAGCGCUUGUACAGAAAGCGUUACUCAAUCUGAAGGAGAACGAGCGGUUUAAAUCGUGAGAAUGUUUAAUGUUUUCUUCCAACUCGUAUUUCUCUCUCGCUUUAUUCUCAGCUGUAACCAACGUAUUGUGAACUUUGUAACAUUCCUGAUACCAAAGUUAUUAUCUAGUCUCUACCAAAGAACAAAAAACCAAAACUAGUAAGACUGUUCAACUCAAAGAACUUUAAUAUUAAUAUUUUAAUUUUCUUUUUCAAUUUUCUCUCUUAAGUCGGGGGAAAAUCAUUCGAUUAGUCAAAUAUACUCUUAAUAAUUCCGUUGGUUUAUGUAGUAGAUAUAAAUACAACGAUUUAUUGUUUAAAACCAUAA